AUGUACCCUCCUGCUAAAAGAGCUAAAACAAUUAACUAUUCUCACUGUGUAUCUAUUUACCUCAGUAAGCAUAUCGACUCAGACAUCACUGAAUUUAUUACAGAUGCAGUCAAAGAAAAACUUACAUCAUGGUACAUACCUAACGACAAGACGCACGUACUCCAACUUGUCUGUAACAAUCAUGAAGAUUAUGUAUCAACCUUGGGAAUUUUAAACUCACAAUCAACAAGAGACUCCAGUCCAUUCAAAUACGUUGUGACUCCUAUGAAUUUCUCACCAGCUGAACACACCCUCAAAUAUCAUACUUCAUCAUAUGACGAGAUGAUGAAGUAUACUACACACAUUAUCAAAAAUUUUUGGAAAAGAACUAAUGGAGUUAAAGAAACUAAUACCAGUUAUGACAGAGUCCAAAAGCUUUAUAAAAUCAGAAUAGCAGUUGAAUCUCUUGAAGAUAAAGAAUAUUUUAUGGCAAGGAAAUAUUCUGAAUACCGAUCCAUUGACCAGAUCAUAACAGAAUCUAAGCUUAACUGCUCUUGCAAUUUUUCAUCCCUCUACACAGAGAAAGAUAUCAAAACUGCGAUACAAAAGAUGGUGGAAAAAAGCAACUGUGUCUUCCAAUCAAACCACUUAGAGAUUAUUAACAAACCUAGCCCAUAUCGCCCUGGAGAGCAUUAUUAUAUAGCCAAUUACAAAGCAACUAAUGUUGCAGAAUUGGAAAAAAUUACAAAAUUCCCAACAAGUAUCACUCCACCAAAUGGCACAAAACCAACCUCAAAAAAACUCAUAUCUACAACCAAAUAUUUGGUAGAAAAAUUCAAAAACAACAAGAAAACGAAGUGA